CCGCCCCCUCCUGCCCCGUCGCAACCCGGCGGCGGCGCGGUCGGUGGUGCCGAUGGAGGCCGGUGCUGAGGCGGAGCCGCUGCUGCCCUCACGGCGCUGGCGGGCGGGCCGGGGGCUGUGGCGGGAGCGCGGCGGUGGCCGCUCGGCCGCCGAGGACGGUGCUGGAGCUGAUAAUCACCUUUAUAUAAACCAAGCUAUAGUGUUUAUUGAAGAUGCAAUACAAUACCGAUCUAUAAAUCACCGUGUGGACUCCAAAUCCCUGUGGCUUUAUCGAUGGUACUAUUCCAGGACUUGCCAGUGGAUUCUGAGCUUAACCAUUACUGUAAUCUUGACUUUGGCUUUCGUUGAAGAGCCUUCCUCACUCACCAUCACGUCUGAUGUGCGCUACCGCCUUCCUGCAUGGAAUCCUCCCUGUGGCCUCACGGAGAGCGUGGAGCUGCUCUGCUUCCUGGUGUUCGUGGUUGAUGUGUCUGUGAAGAGUUACUUAAUUGGAUGGAAAGAAUUUUGGAAAAAUAAAUGGCUAAUGGCUUAUAUACUGACAUUAAUUGUUUCCCUUACUGAUUGGAUUGUGUCACUGAGUUUUUUCUGCAAAGAGAGUGUGAGAAUAAGAAGAAUCCUUCGCCCAUUCUUUCUCCUCCAGAAUUCUUCUAUGAUGAAGAAAACAUUAAAAAGUAUCAACAGCACACUGCCUGAAAUGGCGAGUGUUCUUCUACUACUGGCUGUUCAUCUGUCUCUCUUCACCAUGUUUGCCAUGCUGCUCUUUGCUCGAACAAAGGAUAACCAGCAGGAUAAGGAGUGGGUGGUGUAUUUCCGGAAUUUGCCGGAUUCCCUGACGUCACUGCUGGUCCUGCUGACUACUGCAAAUAAUCCUGAUGUGAUGAUACCUGCAUAUUCUAAGAAUCGAGCAUAUUCGAUCUUCUUCAUCCUCUUCACUGUAUUAGGCAACUUGUUUUUGAUGAAUUUGCUUACAGCAAUAAUAUACAACCAGUUUCGAGGGUACCUUCUGGAGCCUUCCCACUCUGGUUGCAGAUACAGUUUUAAGAAAUCAGUUCAGUCCUCCCUCUUCAGGAGGCGGCUGGGAAUCCGGGCUGCCUUUGAAGUGCUGUCUUCCCUGAAAGAGACUCCUGCUAGUGCACAACAGUCCUGUGUCAGUGUUGGGGCCUUACUACAGGUGCUGCAGAAAGCUGAGAUGGAUUCUCGCUGCAAGCAAGCCAUCAUGAGGUCACUCAAAAUGUGCUCCUGUGACCAGCUGUCAGCUGCCCAGUUCCAGAAGCUCUUUGAAGAACUAGACAAAGAUGCCAUUAAGCAACACCCUCCAAGUCCAGAGUACCAAUCGCAUUUUAUGCAGAAAAUGCAGUUUGCCUUUGGCCAUCCCUACUUUGGCUACUUGGGGAAUGUGGUAGCCCUGGCAAACAUUAUUUCUAUUUGUGUGGUUUUGGUGGUGGAUGCAGACAAACAGCCAUCUGAAAGAGAUGACUUCUUCCUAGGGGCUAUCAACUGUUUCUUUAUCCUGUACUAUCUGCUGGAAAUGUUGCUGAAAAUCUUAGCAAUGGGCUUGAAAAGGUACUUGUCUUACCCAAGCAAUAGAUUUGAUGGACUUCUGACUGUAAUUUUGCUGAUUCUGGAGAUUGCAACUUUUGCUGUGUAUGGAUUUCCUCAUCCUGGCUGGAGGCCUGAGUUCAUGGGCUUGUUGUCCCUGUGGGAUAUGGUGCGGCUGGUGAACAUGCUAAUUGUCUUCAGGUUCCUGCGGAUUAUUCCCAACAUGAAGUUCAUGGCUUUGGUUGUUACUACACUGCUGGAUCUGGUGAAAAACUUGAGAGCCUUUGCAGGAAUCCUUGUGGUGGUUUUCUAUGCAUUUGCUAUAACUGGCAUAAUGCUGUUUAAAGGUGCUGUUGUUCCCUUGGGAAAUACCAGUGCUGCCAACACCACACAUGACAAUGGCACUCUGCAGUGUGGGACCUAUGAACAGCUGGAAUAUUGGCCCAACAACUUCGAUGACUUUGCUGCAGCAGUGGUGACCCUCUGGGAUGUGAUGGUGGUGAACAACUGGCAAGUCUUUUUGGAUGCAUUUUCAAGAUAUUCAAGUCCGUGGGCAAAGAUCUAUUUUGUAGCCUGGUGGUUGAUCUCCUCUGUCAUCUGGGUUAAUCUCUUCGUAGCUUUACUUCUGGAGAACUUCAUUCACAAGUGGGACCGUCGCUGCCAGCGAGAGUCUCUUUCAGAUAUUGAAUACCAGAGGACAGUUGAACUCAUGUUCAGGAUGGGAGAAGAGGUGCUGGGGAUGAGGGGAACAACUGCAGAGGGAGGAAAAAACAAAGGAAAGAAGAGGGAAGUGAUGCAUGUUCUUGGCUUAUUAUGAAGUUGUGGGUGAGAUGUUUUGGAAGAACCUACAGAGGAGGAGUUGAUGGAAAAACUGCACCAGCACCCACACCUGCACUUACGUAGGUGACUGGUGGGAAGGACUGAUUUAUUUAGACCUCUGUUUUCUUGAGGUUGUCAGCUGGAAGACACUGAAUGGAUUUUCUGUGAGAUGCUCUUAGGAGAGGGGCUUGUAGGACACUAUGUGAGAUUUUGCUUGGGAAUUCUCUGCAGAAAGGGUUUUUUAUUUUGGGUUCAUAUCUUUUUUUAAAAAAAGAUUUGAAUCCUGCUAACUUGAUUUUAAGUUGCAAUUUUAGAAGGAGUAUUGCAGCUGUUAUUUUUAUAGGGUGUUGAUAUCAGAAGGUUUUAUUUACUUUUUUUAAUAGGGAAUGUCUCUUUAAAAUGACAGUGCACUUUAAAACAUGGAUUUUAUAACCACUAAGCCUGCUUCUUUUUUCAGCACAAGAAAACGAAGCUGCCUUUUUUGGCAGGCAAGUGUGGCAAGGGCUGCACCCUGCAAUUCAGGAAUGGAUUAGGCAGGACCAGAACAAAAUCCUUAAUCUUCUUCUAGUGAGAGCUGAAACACUAUUUUUAUUGUAAUGUGACACCAGCAUAUCUUACCAAAUUUUCAGGAGUUAAUCACAUCAGAGCACAAUCAAUUCCAGCUUAGUAACAGGGACUGCCUGCUUUGCACAUCCUCUGUUUUUCUUUGCUUUCCUUAGGGGGUUCAUGCUGGUUGUGCCAUUGAGGUCACUGAGAGCAGUUAGAACUUGAACUGGAGCAAUUGCACUUGUGGUUUUCAAUGUGGUAAAAGUAAGCUCUCUUUCAGAGUCAAUAUUCUCAUGUUGCUCUUCACUGAACCUCUUCCUUUUACUUUCUUCCAAGUCUUGUUUUACAGUGUGUUAUAUUUCAUGAAAAAGCUAAGGGGAAUCAGCUUUGGCUGGAAUGUUGUACCAUCAUCACUGGAGUCGCCCACUCAAAGGGGGAAGGGGAAAAAAAAAGGUUGAAUGAGAUAAUCAAAGUGCUUAACAGUUGAAGUUUUAAUUUGAGCCUGUGGGAAUUGAAGGUGCUCAACCAGUAUUGCAGGAUCACAUUCUUUUAUGGCUUAAUAACCUCAUGCUGUGUACCACUAAGUUUCACCAGGGUAAAACUUUUUGGGUAAAUAAGUUUCUCAGCAAAUCCAAAGUGGAGGAUUCACAGUAACCUGUGUCCACAUGCUUUUUGUUAUCCCUUAGUGUUCCUCUAAAAAGGGGAUUUUUGUUUGAAUCUCUUGCCAUAUAACUAGUAAACUGCUAUGAAGAAUUCAAUCUACAACAAAUACUGUUUUUAUAUGUGAAAAUGAAACUGCCCUUUGGGCACUACCUUCUCGUUGAGACACUUGUCACCAAAAUAGACAUUAUUGUGGUCAUCUCUGUAUUGACAAAGGCUUGGGGGAGGUAACUAGCUACUAUUUAUAAGUGCCUUGAUUAUUUUUUUAGUUAAGAAAUGUUUUCUCAGAAGUGUCAAGCAGUCAUCCUCUGUACCUUUCCUCAUCUUUUCUCAUCAUUUGCCAUUUCUCUCUGUCCUGCAUGAAAGAGAGCAAAAUGUCCAGUAUGAUGGUGAUGAUGUUUUUUUUUGAGAUCAAAACCAUAUUUUUGCCUUGUUGUCUCACUGAUCAGAAAUUACUUAAUGAUCCCUGUCUGUUUCUUUACCUUUCUGCUUGUAUUUUCUUUGUGCUGUGGAGCAAAAUACGUUGUAGCUUUCAUAUGUGUAGGACAAAUGUGAGCUGAGUUCUGAGCUACUCCUGCAGUUUUUCUUUGCUGCUGUAAUCGUGCCUCUUAAGCCAUGCCCUUGUCUGUGUGCAAUCUCUUGCCUCUGUCCCAGAUUAAGGCACCCAGUAACUCACUUGCACUGGUUUCAGUGGCAUCAUUAUGGUUAUUUUCAGUCAUGCACCUAAAACACUCACCAUGGCAAGCUGAUAAAGGCAUCAGCACACACUUUUCCUCGUUUUGAGUUUGUUCUGUUCAGUAUGGCUCCAUGUCAGGAUGGUUUCUGUUCCUUUUAGUGUGAUGUAUAAUCACUGCCACCAAUGUAUUGGGACUUGUUACACAGUGGUUAAAUACUCUUAUUUUACCUUUUUACUGAAAAAAAAAAAUUGUUUUCCACUUUUCUGAAUACUUGAAGUAGAUUUGCCUUGCCAAAAAGGAAGUGUCUGCUUCUUAUCGGCCUACAAGUAUGAUUAUUUUUUCUGGCCUCUUCAGGGUUUUGUGGGUUUUGUGGUUGAUUUUUUAAAUUUUUUUUUUUUGGCCAUUGCAUUACAACAUUACACUACAAUCUACCAAAGCAACACAAAUUGGUGUGGGAGUACCAUAAACAUCACAACUGUCUCCAUUAUGCCAUCUUUACAUCUGGACAAAUAUGGAGAAGGUGUUUUAAAGGGAAUAGUCUGUCUUGUUCUUGUUUCACACUUGUGUAAUUGACUGAGAGUGUAACUAGAAUUUCAUACAAAAUUGUACUACCUAAUGUCACUUGAACUGGAAGAUGUAAAUGACCACAAAUCUUAUGCAAUAAUUGUAUAAAUCAUGGAAAUGAAUGUACGUCAUGAGGUAAAAUUUGAGGUUUGCAUUAUUAAAAUAUGUUUUUUCUUCUUGAACCAUGAAAAUAAUUGGGGUGUUGAAAUGA